AUGGCGGAGAUCAAGAUCGACAACAAGGCCUUCCACGAGCGCACUUCGCGCCUCGCCAGCGCCUGGAAGAAUGACUUGCGAUCCAAGGAUGGCAACAUCUUCCACGGCGCCUCGUCCAUCGUCGUCAUGAUGGGCAAGGUGGAGGAGGUCCCCGAGCUGCACAAGAACAACGCCAUGCACUUUUGGCUUCUUGGCUACGAAUUCCCGACGACGAUGAUGCUGCUCACGACCGAGAAGAUCUACAUCCUCACGACUGCGAAGAAAGCUAACCCAAUCUCAGCGAAACAUCUGGAACAGUUGAAGAAUGGCCGGUUCCCUCUCGAGGUUCUCGUUCGAGGCAAGGACGCUGCGGAGAACGAGAAGCUUUUCGUCAAGCUCGCUGAAGUCAUCAAAUCUUCGGGUAGCAAGGUUGGCACUAUUGCCAAGGACACCUCCAAGGGCCCCUUCAUCGAAGAGUGGAAAAAGGUAUUCGCCGAUCAAUGCAAAGACAUCGAAGAGGUCGACAUUUCCCAAGCCCUCUCCCAGCAUGCCUUCUCUGUGAAGGACGAAACCGAGCUCCGAGCCAUGCGAACCGCUUCCAAGGCCUGCGUCGCCCUGAUGACCCCCUUUUUCCUCGAAGAGAUGUCGGACAUUCUUGAUAAGGAGAAGAAGGUCAAGCACAGCGCACUGGCAGACAAGGUCGACAAGAAGCUCGACGAUAACAAGUUCUGGAAGACGGUCGAGCUUCCAAACAAGACCAAACUUCCCGCGGACUUGGACCCCGCACAGCUGGACUGGGUUUUGGGCCCUCUUGUGCAGAGUGGUGGGAAAUACGACUUGAAGAUGAACUCAGAGAGCAACGACGACAUUUUGCACCCCGGUACUAUUGUUGCUGCUAUGGGCUUGCGCUACAAGUCGUACUGCUCGGCCAUCGCGCGUACGUACCUUGUAGACCCCAACAAGUCGCAGGAGAGCAACUACAAGCUUCUUUUCAACAUCCACAACAUGAUCCUCAAAGAGGUCCGCGAUGGCGUCGUUAUCAAGGAGGUCUACAACAAGGCUCUGAGCAUGAUCAAGGCCAAGAAACCUGAUUUGGAGAAACACUUCUUGAAAAACGUUGGUUGGGGUGUUGGUUUGGAGAAUAGAGACCCGACCUUGAUUCUCAACGCCAAGAACUCCCGAGCCCUGAAGGAUGGCAUGACUCUUGUCAUCACCACUGGCUUCAGCGACAUUGAGAACCCUCAACCCCAGGACAAGAACAGCAAGAUCUACUCCUUGGUCAUCACCGACACGAUCCGUGUGACAUCGAGCGAGGCAGUCGUUUUCACCGGAGAUACCCCUAUUGAUGCGGAUUCAAAUUCCUUCUUCUUCAAAGACGAGGAGGAGGCCCAGCCUACGCCCAAGAAGGAAAAGAAGGAUUCCCGAGUUGGUGCUGUCGCUACUAAAAACAUUACUUCUACGAGAUUGAGAUCCGAGCGGACGACCACAGUCGAUGACGAUGCGGACAAGAGACGCCGGGAACAUCAGAAGGACUUGGCGUCAAAGAAGCAGAAGGAGGGCCUGGCGCGCUUCUCCGAGUCUACGAGUGGGCAGAACGGCAAAGAGGUGAAGAAGUUCAAGCGUUUUGACUCAUACAAGCGCGACAACCAGUUCCCUCCCAAGGUUCGCGAACUACAGAUUGUGGUUGAUGCGAGAAAUGACACAGUGGUGCUUCCCGUAAUGGGUCGCCCUGUACCGUUCCACAUCAACACAAUCAAGAAUGCCAGCAAGAGUGAUGAGGGUGACUGGUCGUUCCUCAGAAUCAACCUUCUCUCACCUGGUCAGGGUGUCGGUCGCAAAGACGACCAGCCUUUCGAGGAUGCGUCAGCCCAUUUUGUCAGAAGUCUGACAUUUCGGUCGACGGAUGGCGACCGUUACCAAGAAAUCGCCACCCAGAUUUCCAAUAUGAAGCGGGAUGUGAACAAGAAAGAGCAGGAGAAGAAGGAGCUGGAGGAUGUUGUCGAGCAGGACAAGCUCGUCGAGAUAAGAAAUCGCCGUCCUGCUGUGCUCGAUAACGUCUUCAUUCGCCCUGCCAUGGAAGGAAAGCGAGUCCCUGGUAAGGUGGAGAUCCACCAGAAUGGUAUUCGAUACCAGUCGCCGCUUAGCACGCAGCAACGUGUCGACAUUCUGUUCUCAAACGUUCGCCACCUAUUCUUCCAGCCUUGCCAGCACGAGUUGAUUGUCAUCAUCCACAUUCACCUGAAAGACCCCAUCAUGGUUGCCAACAAGAAGAAGACCAAGGACGUGCAGUUUUACCGCGAGGCGACUGAUAUCCAGUUCGACGAAACAGGCAACCGCAAGAGAAAAUACCGGUACGGUGACGAGGACGAGUUCGAGCAGGAACAGGAGGAGCGUCGUCGCCGUGCCGAGCUUGACCGGCUGUUCCAAGGCUUUGCCCAGAAGAUUGCUGAGGCCGGCAAGAACGAGAACAUUGAAGUAGAUGUCCCCAUCAGGGAUCUCGGCUUCCACGGUGUGCCAUUCCGAAGCAACGUCUUCAUCCAGCCCACCACGGAGUGCCUGAUCCAGGUUGUCGAGCCGCCUUUCAUGGUCAUCACUUUGGACGAUAUAGAAGUGGCUCAUUUGGAACGUGUGCAAUUUGGUCUGAAGAACUUUGAUCUGGUUUUCGUCUUCAAAGAUUUCACGAGAGCACCUUACCACGUCAACACUAUUCCAGUAGAGUUCCUCGACCACGUCAAGGAGUUCUUGGAUUCUUCAGAUAUUGCAUACUCUGAGGGUCCCCUCAACCUGAACUGGCCGACCAUCAUGAAGACAGUCACUGCCGACACCCACCAGUUCUUCAUCGAUGGUGGUUGGUCCUUCUUGCAGGCAGAGUCCGACGACGAGGGCGAGGAGUCUGAGCCUGAGAGUAACUUUGAGAUCGAAUCUGACGAGCUUGACGAGGCUUCCGAAUCGAGCGAGGAAGACUCCGACUUUGGCUCAAAUGUCUCUGACGAGGAGGAUGACGCCGAGAUGAGCGACGAAGACGAGGGUGAGGACUGGGACGAGCUCGAGGCAAAGGCCAAGAAGCGCGAUCGAGAGGACGCCCGUGGCGGUGGUGACGAUGACGACCGCGGCCGCAAGAAGAGAAAGCACUGA